AUGUCUAUCACAAUGAAAUUUUUAUUCUUUUUCGUUGCUUACUUCGUUCUUACUGCUUACGCUAGUGAAAUCGUAAUUAAAGUGGGCAAUUUGAAAUAUGAUCCUAAAACUGUUGAUGCGAAAAAAGGCGAUGUUUUGGUUUUCACUUGGCUUUCUGAUGGAAGUCAGCACGAUGUCAUCCAAUCUGACUCUGAAGGUUCUUGUGAUGCAUCCACCACACGUACUAGCAUCAAAUCUGAUAUAAAAUCAUCAGGAACUUACAACUACACCAUUACCGAAGAUGCCAAUACAAAACUUUAUUAUUACUGCAGUGUAGGAAAUCAUUGUGACAGUGGUAUGUAUGGUACUAUUAAUGUAGUUAGUAAUGAUACUACUAUCACAUCUAGUUCAGGUUCAUCUCCAACAGGAGGAUCAGGUUCAAGUUCAACACAAACAGCAACAAAAAGUUCCGCUGUCUCCUUCAAUUCAAUUACUGCGGUUACUUUAUUGGUAUUCGUAUCAAUUGUUAGUGAUGAUGAUACUCCUUCUAUUGCUACCGCCACUGAUAUAUCUAGUUCAGGUUCAUCUCCAACAGGAGCUACAUCAAGAGGAUCAGGUCCAAGUUCAACACCAACACAAACAAAAACAAAUUCUGCAGUCUCCUUCAAUUCAAUUACUGUGAUUACUUUAUUGGUAUUCGUAUCAAGUAUUCCAUGUUAUAGUAAGAAAUAA